CUCGAUUCUUACGUCCUGCAUCCAUGGUUGCGUCCUCUCCAUCGACGACCAAACUUCAUUUUUUCGCGUGUGCGAACCGGCGCUUCGAUUGUGCUGGCCCAGAAUAGGCUCACGUCGAGCUUUGACCGACUCUCAGGCGCGAUACGCAGACAAGCACCAGCCAUAUUGUCACGGCCCAUUGCGCCCAGCGGCCGUCCACAGGCAGGCUGCCGAGCAGCACGGAGAGGCUCACGCGUCCCUACUCAGGAGCCGCGGUCUUCCACAGCCAUCGACGCGCCUCGCGCCGUCCGUGUCGUCGCGACUUGUCCUGGUCAGCACCACAGCGCCCUUCGCGAUGAGCGCCCCUCCACCAGGUGGCCGAAAUGGCCCGCCCCGAGCCCCAAAACCGAAUCCUCUGCGUCCCAUGCGCAGGAAGCCGCGGCCGGCGAACCCGCUCGUCGCAAGAAAGCCUCCAGCAAAUGCCGGCCAGAAUCCCUCCGCCGGUGCCUCUUCCCAGGCGGCCAAGCCAAACGGCGCCAAGCCCACCAUAGAGGAACUACGCAAGCAGUAUGGUGGCUGGUCAGAGCCCCCCCCUCAGUAUCAAUACAGCGACAUCCCAAUCAUGACGACCAAAAAGGCUCUGCUCGAAGGUGUCCGCUACCAUCUCAUGAAGUUUUCCCAAUCGAAAAUUACCGACAAAUCCGUCGACCCAACAGACCAGGACGCUUUCACUCGACCGGUCACCUUGCACCGACGGGAUGCUAGACAGCCACCACCGGGGAGGGCCAUCAAGGAAGAAGUACCCGAGCCGACUCCAGUUGAUGAGAAGGAACGGGAGAGAUUGGCGCAGAUAAAGGCCGAGAGAGAGGCGCAACGCGCCAUUGAUCAGGCCAAGAUUGCGCCCGUCGUCAAAGAAAAUAAGCCCCAGAGGCCCAAGAAGCAAAAGGAAGAGAAGACCAUGUUCAACAGGGCUCCCAAAUCGGACGCUGCCAAAAAAGAGGCUGACUUACGCUACGAGGAGGCACUGCCCUGGCAUCUGGAGGAUGCAGACGGUAAGAACGUGUGGGUCGGCAGCUACGUCGCCGCUCUCUCUCGGGCCAACGUCGCCUUCAUGAUCGACAAGUCCGUCUUUCGUAUGGUGCCUCUAGAGAAGUGGUACAAGUUCAACUCAAAGCCACCCUUUCAGCCCUUCACCAUUGAUCAGGCCGAGGCCUUCAUGAACCGAAAGGUUGACGUGGGGCGUUGGGUGAUGAAGGAUGAAGAGAAGAAAGCGGGCCAAAGCGACUUGGAAGCCACUCGUCGACUACUGUAUGGCCGUGGUCAGAUGGUGAAGACCGAGAGCGCCACCUUCAAGGCCGCAUCGAGGCUGGAAAAAAUGGAUCACGACGAGCUCGAUGUCUCUGGCGAUGAAUUCCAGGAUGAUGACGAGGCGACUUAUGUGGAUCGCAAUGACGACGAGGACACGAAAGAGUCAAGAGAGCGGAUCCGCCGUGAACAACUUGGUGCGAACCUAUUUGGUGAUGGUGAUGAACAAGAAGUCGACAAAGAGCUCCACGAGCAGUUGAGGGAGGAGCUGGAGCGGCAAAAAUACGGAAAGUCCACAAAGAAAGCUCUUAUAAAGAGGGACCGCGAAGAGAUUUACCAGAGUGACGACUCGGAAGAGAAUCCCUGGAGCAGCUCCUCUGAUGACUCUAGCGACGAGGAAGACGAAGAGGCCAAAGAUGACGAAAAGAAAGAGGGUGAAGGGAAAGAGGGCCAUGCCGAAGCCAAGGACAAGGCCAAGGGUGGUACCCCAAAAGGCACGCUGACGCCGCAAGGCAAGCAGAAACAGGGUGACCUUGUCAAGAAAACAAAGUCCCUGAAGCGGGCAGGAUCCCCCGCUCUGUCCGAAUCCAGCGGAAAUGAAUCAUCUCGGAAGAAGAUGAAGAAGUCUGGUACUACGGCGCCGGGCAGCCGUGCCGGCACACCAUUGCCACAGGGCACCGCAGUCCGUCGUCCUAAGGCUGGAGGGGCAGGCUCGGGCAGUGACGGUGAGGCGACAGCUGGCGAAAUGUCUGAUGGUGCCGGCCCACGAAAGAAGAUCAAGGUUGUGGGCAGCAACGGCAAAGGGACGCCAGCAGUCUCUAGGGCGGGCAGCCCCAAUCCUGCGCCUGGUGGUAAGUUGAUACAAUAUUUCGCAACCCUCGUGACAUCAGACAGGCGUGAUGCCCCUUUUCGACGAAGAUGGGCUAACGACAGCUGCAGCAUCUCCCUCCUCACAGGCCGGCGGAGCAAUCGAGUCUUGGGAGAUAUUGGAGAAGAUUCCGCCCGAGGGUAUUGCUAUCGGGGAUCUCAUCAAACCUUUCCAGGGCCGUGUGGGUGAUAAACCUGGUCAGAUGCCCAAGACGGAGUGGAUUCAUCUGGUCAAGCAACUCUGCGACUACGGACCGGACAAGCGCUUGCGCCGUCGGAAGUGAGAGCGGUGUCCUGUCUAUCUACACAUGGCAUCAGCCGCUGGACGACGUCGCCAUGGGGCAUUUGGAGAUAUUCGCGGAAUGAGCGGCCAGCUGUUUGCGGCAUUAUCGGGGAUUGCGGGCUCCCGGUUGCGCAUACAUAGGCGGAUAAAUAAUGACUUAGAACGUCACCUUCAAAUGGCUGUGUGCGAGUGAUUCAGCUAGGAAAGCACUGAAUGACUAGACGUAAGAUAUAUUUUUGGGUAUCAUUUAAAUAAACGCCAUGAGCCUCCUA